UUUUGAUCUGUAGAAUCGACGAGAUUCUCAACUCUCAAAGUGAUCCGAAUAUUGAAUAUACGCCUGGAGGUACAAUACUUAACACAGUUAGGAUUUUUCAAUGGGCAAUGAACAAAAUAGUCAACAAUGAUAAUAAACCAAUUACAAAUUUUGCGACAUUUUUUGGUUCUGUAGGAAAUGAUGAUUAUUCAGAAACAUUACUGUCAGAAUGUCAAAAAUCAGGUUUACGUAUGUUGUGUCAAAAAAUUGAAGAUGAAUAUACUGGUAGAUGCUUAACAAUGAUAAAUGGGACGAAGAGGUUUUUUAAUGUUAAAUAA